UUUAAAAACCGGUUUGUUAAAUCUGAUUAUUUUUCAUUGUGCAGAAAAAAUAAUUAGAGGGGCCAUUUUAAGAAUUAUUGAUAACUUCAUCAGUGGGUUUAGCACUUUAGCCGAUAUGUAAAAUAGGUAGUAAAUUCGAUUUUUCUAAAUUCUAACCCCCAUUGUCUGGACUGCGAUUAUCUCAGUGAAGCCAUGACGAUGUACUCCGACAACUCUUCUUCGAUUGUUCGUCUCAAUAUAGGGGGAAAGAAAUUCUGCACAACUGUUGAUACUCUAACUCAGCGUGAGCCUCAUUCAAUGCUAGCUGCAAUGUUCAGUGGUCGCCACACUGUUUGUAAGGACUCUGAGAAGGGGUAUGUAUUUGUUGAUAGAGAUGGGAAACACUUUCGGCAUGUUUUAAAUUGGUUGAGAGAUGGUGUAGUUCCCAAUUUGUCAGAUUUAGAAUGUUCAGAGCUUUUGCGGGAGGCAGAAUACUAUCAGCUUCUUGGAUUAGUAGAUGGGAUCACUGAGGUCUUGAAUAAGAGAAAAGAGGAUGAAGAAAUGGAUACUGAAUUAACACGUACUGAUAUCAUCAAAUGUGUACAAUCUGAAAAAGUUAGGUUGAGAGGAGUAAAUCUCUCUGGCCUCGAUCUUUCCAAACUGGACUUGUCAUUUGUGGACUUCAGCUAUGCUUGCCUGAAAAAUGUUUUCUUCUCGCGUGCUAAUCUUCAUUGUGCAAAAUUUCGGGAUGUUGAUGCUGAAAAUACCAUUUUUCACAAUGCAACAUUGCGUGAAUGUGAGUUCACAGGGGCAAAUCUACGUGGCGCUUUGUUGGCUGGAGCUAAUCUUCAGAGUGCAAAUCUACAAGAUGCUUGCUUAGUAGAUUGUAGCUUCUGCGGUGCAGACCUGCGCUCUGCCCAUCUUCAAACUGCUGAUCUUACAAAUGCAAAUUUGGAAGGAGCAAAUCUGGAAGGAGCCAAUCUAAAGGGUGCGAAAUUGACGAAUGCGAAUUUAAAGGGGGCAAACCUUCAACGUGCGUAUCUGCGCCAGGUCAAUCUUCGAGGCACACAUUUGGAAGGCGCAAAGCUGGAUGGUGCGAAUAUGCUUGGAGCAAUUAGAUGACAAUAAACUAAUUCAAGACUCAGGAGAAGAAUUGUGAUGGUGCAUGGGGAUAUGGGAAGAGAUGCCGGAUGCGUAUGUUAAGAUUUUAAACUGCGUGGACGGUGCGUUUGGAGAAGAGCCAGGAAUAUUGUGUUCCAAUGAGAUAAAUAUAUUAGACAAUUUAAAACGACAUAUCUGUAAAUAAAUUAAGUAAAAUUGUCGGUUUGCCCUAAAAUCCUUUAAACAAUAUUUGUUUUAAAGGGUUAUGAAUAAUCAUAAUACAG